AAGUGGUGACUAAGUUCGGAGGGCGGGAUCGCUGCUUGGAGACGGCGGGAGCUCUUCCAUCAUGGCGGCCGGGCCGAUCUCCGAGCGGAACCAGGAUGCCACUGUGUACGUGGGAGGCCUGGAUGAGAAGGUUAGCGAACCGCUACUGUGGGAGCUGUUUCUCCAGGCAGGGCCGGUAGUCAACACCCACAUGCCAAAGGAUCGAGUCACUGGUCAGCACCAAGGCUACGGCUUUGUGGAAUUCUUGAGUGAGGAAGAUGCUGACUAUGCCAUUAAGAUCAUGAACAUGAUCAAACUCUAUGGGAAGCCAAUCCGGGUGAACAAGGCAUCAGCUCACAACAAAAACCUGGAUGUGGGGGCCAACAUUUUCAUUGGGAACCUGGACCCCGAGAUCGAUGAGAAGCUGCUUUAUGAUACUUUCAGCGCCUUUGGGGUCAUCUUACAAACCCCCAAGAUUAUGCGGGACCCUGACACAGGCAACUCCAAAGGUUAUGCUUUUAUUAAUUUUGCUUCGUUUGAUGCUUCGGAUGCAGCCAUUGAAGCCAUGAACGGGCAGUACCUCUGUAACCGCCCCAUCACGGUGUCCUAUGCCUUCAAGAAGGACUCCAAGGGUGAGCGCCAUGGCUCAGCAGCCGAACGACUUCUGGCAGCCCAGAACCCACUCUCCCAGGCCGACCGCCCUCAUCAGCUGUUUGCAGAUGCACCCCCUCCACCCUCUGCCCCCAACCCUGUGGUAUCAUCACUGGGAUCUGGACUUCCUCCACCAGGCAUGCCUCCUCCUGGCUCCUUCCCACCCCCAGUGCCACCUCCGGGAGCCCUUCCGCCUGGGAUACCCCCAGCCAUGCCCCCACCACCGAUGCCCCCUGGGGCUGGAGGACAUGGCCCCCCAGCAGCAGGAACACCAGGGGCUGGACAUCCUGGACACGGACACACACACCCUCACCCAUUCCCCCCCGGUGGGAUACCCCAUCCAGGGAUGUCUCAGAUGCAGCUGGCCCACCAUGGCCCUCAUGGCUUAGGACACCCCCAUGCUGGGCCGCCAGGAUCUGGGGGGCAGCCACCACCCAGACCACCACCCGGAAUGCCUCAUCCCGGACCUCCUCCGAUGGGCAUGCCCCCCCGAGGGCCUCCGUUUGGAUCUCCCAUGGGUCACCCAGGUCCUAUGCCACCACACGGCAUGCGUGGGCCUCCUCCACUGAUGCCCCCUCAUGGAUACACUGGCCCUCCACGACCCCCACCCUACGGCUACCAGCGGGGGCCCCUCCCUCCGCCCAGACCCACUCCCCGGCCUCCGGUUCCCCCUCGUGGCCCACUGCGAGGCCCUCUCCCCCAGUAAGUCCUCAUUCUCUUUCCACCUGUCAUGGUCUCCCAGUACCUUUUCAGUUCUUUGGACCAAUCAGAGUUGCUGUAGCUCCCUGGGGCUAAGGCACCGAUCCCUCUCAGGCCUUUUUUUAAGUGUGCUUUUUUUCAUAGGUUUUAUUUUAUUUUUUCUGUGUUGGUCCUAGGUGUUUUACAAAUGCACAGAGAUAAUAAAAACUCAACUCCUUCUUUAUA